AUGACGGAGGAGACUUUACUGACGGAUCUAUGUGCGAUAUGGUAUGGCAGAUCUCAUAUGAAAGUUGAACCCAUGCUAACAUCCGUGUGCAGCCAUAUCAUUCCUCCCAAAUACAAAUGCCCGCGCUGCUCAAUACGCACUUGUUCUCUGCCAUGCACGCGGCGCCAUAAGCUCUGGUCAGAAUGCUCUGGUGUUCGCGACCCGGCGGCAUAUCUGAAGCGCAGUGAGCUGAGUACCGAGUCCGCAUUCGACCGCGAUUUCAACUUCAUCACUGGCAUCGAACGAACCCUCGAGCGAGCAGACAGAGAAGUCGAUAACCGCGGUAUUGACCUUGCGCGAGGUGCGCAGAUCGACGAGCAUGGGGCUGAUGGUACCUCGGAGGCAGCGACAGGUCUCAAGAGAAAACACCCCAGCCAAGGCCUGGCCAAGGGCGAAGCUGGGUUCCUGCGUGGGGCUGAGGCGGGUGGUGUGACAGUCAUCCGAGCUCCCAAGGGGAUGUCGAGGAGUAAACAGAAUGGAUCGCGGAUGCAUCCUAAGCACAAAUGUCUUUCCUGGACCGUGGAGUGGAUCACUGCUGAUGGUGGGAAGACCAUUCGGAAUUCCGUCGUGGACACAUGCUCUGUAGCAGAGGCCUAUGACCGAUGCUGUCCGCGUCCGAAGGAGCCACAGCCAGCUUCUGUGACCACGAAAGACGAAAGAGACAAAGAUCUGCCGAGUGUCCCCACUGAGAACACAGACAAUGGCAAAGGCCAUGACUCCCAAGGUCCAACUGCAGCAUCUGCAGAGACCACCACAGAACCAAAAUCAGAGCAGCCUCUGAUCUCCGACGCACCAGAGACGUCGACGGAAACACCAGCCCAAACCGAAAACCAAGAGGUCGAGGCAGUACCAGACCAGAGUAUCUCCCCUCACCGAGGCCUCUUCUUCUACCUUCACCGUCCACGCACCACAACCAAAAAACCUGUGCUGGCUCCCCUCUUGCAGUCAGCGAGCUUAAACACUAUUCUUCGGAAUCGGACCGUGCUCGAGUUCCCUACCAUAUACGCCCUUCCGGAUCGGGCAGAGAAGCUACUCGCAGAACAAGAAAGCUCGCCAUUCAUUUUGGAGGAAGAGUAUCUUAAAACCGUUGGACUGGAAGAAGCACAAUUGUCCACCGAAAGCGAUGAAGAUGACUCGACAGGGGAUGACAAUCUGCCCGGAUCUUCAGUGGAUCUUCAAAAUAUCGAUGAGAAAAAAGUGCUGGAGGUAUUGAAACAGGAUCUAUUCGAACCAGUGCUGGACACUGGUUCUAUGUAA